CUUUAUUUGCGCAUUACUUUUGAUAUAGUCACUGAGAGUGUUUUGUAAACAAUAAAACGAAAUAAUAAUGUAAUAAGUAAAGCGAAUGUGUCAAUGUAAAAAUAGUGUGAAUGAAGCUAUCAAAUCAAAAUAGCUAAUAGGCUUAAAUCCAUUUUUUUUUCAAAUUAAAACAUUUGCUUGUAGGCCUUCAUAUAUUUGAUUAAAAUUUGAGAUGAAUAGACUAAAUUUUGUAUGUUCAUGUGUAUAAAGUAUAAAGUAGAUCUUGAGGUAGACGUAGAUCUAAAUCUACACUAAUCUAGAGUUCUGUGCUGCGCAUGCGUGAACUUUUUUUCAUGAAUGAAUAUAGGCCUAUCUCAACACGGCUACGCAGCUUUAGCGAACAGCGAACGAAUAUUUAAGAGCAGUGUAAAGAAAAUGUCAAAUACAUUAACCAAUGAAGCACAUCAAAGAAGUCUCAAAGAUUUUCUAACACUUUAUAACACCAUAUCUGAAUACUGCUUCAGUAGAUGUAUAUCCACUUUCAAUGAACGUUUUGCUACACAGACAGAGACAUCUUGUGUUGAUGUAUGCACCAGCAACUAUGUACAGUACAACCAGAUGUUUAUGUUUAAAUUUGUGGAUCAUCAGGAACAACGAAAACAAAACCUUCCAAAUUCAGUCAUCCAAGAGGGUGGAAAUGAGACAUAACUACUACAGUGACAAUUAGAACUAAAUUACUAAUAAUGAAGAAAAAACUAAAUUGAACUUGAUAUACUUGUAUAUAAAAUUAUAUUUUGUGGCUAAAUUA